CCCUAUUACUUACUUUCACAGAAAACCAAUCUUUGAAGGACGCUCUGGAAGCUCACUAUUGUAGUUGUCAACAUUAGCUGGGCGUGUCUUUGCAAUGAAUAAGCAGUGAAUAUCGAUGGAACGUGGAGUUUAGUGCCAACUCUGUUAUCCAUAUUGGAUGCACUGCGUUUCGUAUAACAAACUAUCCGCUAGGUGUCAGCAAAGAAUCAAGCAUUGAUAUCUACAAGUCAGGAUCCUUAUUUAAAGUCAUAGUCUUUGCCUAAUACGCGUCGACGAGAAGAUGGAAAGGAUGUGCGAAUGUUAAGUCAAACCAGUCUUCCCCCAUACCAGGUCAACUACACGACGCUAAAGAGGCGGGCACACGACCCGGAAUGAAGAUGUAACAUCGGACGAGCAUUUAAAUGAUGCGACUCUACCUAUCAUAACCGCUUAUCGCAUCCCCAAGCCCGCGAAUUCCCGUUCAAUAUAGCAUGUUUACACAGGCGCAACACAAGCCCAAGUGGUGCCAUAUGCUGCGCUGGUCGUCCUGGGCUUCGGGCUAGGUUCGAGUUGUCAUUUCCGUUCAGAUGUUCAAUACCAAUGGGGAUUCUCGACAUUUCAACGGCAGGGAGGACGGGGACUCAAGUCAUUACCGAGGUCGUUCCCACUUGCUUCCCCGGGGAGUUGCUUUCCAAACAAAGGCUGUCGUGAAUGAGACACUGACGCAACUGCGCUGCCAUGGGAUGGGCAAGGCAGACUAUUGCACUGACGUCUGCGUCGCGAUAGGCUAUUUCAACCUUGCUGCAGAGCCUAAAAUUCGCAAUGCGAUGAUCCCAGAUGGAAGGAACGUUGAGGUUCGCCAUGUAGACGAGGGUGACAGCGGUUGUUUCGAGGCCUUGUUGAGAUCUGUUGCAGGCAAGACGUUGCGAGAUCAAGUGCUCACCAAUUGUUCUCCUGCGAUGAUCAAAGGAAAUCCCAAUUUUCAUCUCUGUGAAAGGUGCUAUGCUUAUCUUCAAAGCUGACUUGAUCAAAAUCACCUUCCACCGGAGCUUUUGCCUUUCCAAUUGAUCCUGAACCUCUGACCUUCCCCGGGGAGUUAUAUGAGAGCGUAAAUCCUCAGAAGUCUCAACGAAACGACAGAAAUGGACUUCUCCCAGUCAUCGACUACGGCGGUAUACAAGCCAACCUUGUACAAUGGCAGGACGACAUCACCAAUUGCAGACGUGGCUCGAGGCAUACAAUGAAUGCUAUCAAAGUGGGCACAUACGAGGGGAAGACUUAGUCCCACAUCUUGUACGUGACUGCCGCGGGCGGAUGUUUAUGAGACCUGAUACCUGGCCUCAGCCACCAAGGAUCGGCAGAACCCCCAAGUUCUCUAUAUUCCCUCUUAUACCCGACUCUCAUAUGCCUUCUAUCGGACGCCUACCGAUUGAGAUUUUGAUUCCCAUCGUUCGUGACGUUCCGAUAGCUUCACUGUUCGCGCUGUUAUCGACGUGUCGAUCGCUUGGCGCGCUCAUCGCAGAGCAGUCAUUCCUAGAUCAGGAGGCCAUUACUCGCGGUUGCCUUCGUUGGAUCUUACCCUUGGAGUCUUUGCGGGAUGAGAAGAAGCGUGCGUAUGAUGCCUUGCGACUCUGGUUUCCUGAAGACUCUCGGCCCGAAGAAAUACUAUCAUUCCAAAUAGAGCCAGGAAGUUCUCUGGAUCAAGACGACGAAGACGAGAAAUCUGAUGAUGAGGCUAUAUUGCUUCCCCAGCCUGACACGAAAUCCUUUCCUGCAAUUGCGUCGCUCAUCGUGUCGCCCGGCUCUCCUCGUUUGGCGUUUGUGCGAGAAUGCUGGGAGUCGGACUCGAUAAUGAAUCGGAAGAGGCUGUGGGACCAAGUCGCGCAAUUUAGUGCCCUUUGGGAAGACUAUCGUAUUCGUGGUUUGCGAGUCAAUCGAUUUUACUUGUCUAACGCUAUGCCAGCCUCGCAAUAGCAGUGAAAACUGUAAGUCAAGUUAGUCAACCUAGGGUAUUCUCCAGCGAGGUCUGUGACCUGCUGUACAUUGCGCAAUCUGCAGACUCACGGGCUAUUUCAUGAAAGGCGUAAGCGAAGAUGGAACCCAAGUAGUUCCUUCAAGGCUGUGACUGUGACGAUGGGCCCUUGUUGUUAGCCAUAUUCAUUAUCUUCAAGGUUGUCUAGGUUUAAUUUUCCCUAUCGAAUUCAUGCCUACUAGACCUUCUGACCGCGAGUCUUCCCACGGUUCGACUGUGGCAACU